UCUUGUGACCGCAUCCUCUUUCUCCUGUACUUAGCUUUCUUCCCUUUUAUAUUCAGUAAUAUUUUCAUUUCUUUCUUCUCUAUUUCUCAAAACAAAGAAUUAUCAUUUAUCAUGUCUUGCUUUAAGGGAAAGUACCAUGAUGAACUGAUUGCCAAUGCUGCUUACAUUGGCACCCCUGGAAAGGGAAUCCUUGCAGCAGAUGAAUCGACUGGCACAAUAGGCAAGCGUCUAGCUAGCAUCAAUGUUGAGAAUGUUGAGCCCAAUAGGCGAGCUUUUCGCGAGCUCCUCUUCUGUGCUCCAGAUGUCCUUCAAUUCCUCAGUGGAGUAAUCCUUUUUGAGGAAACACUUUACCAGAAAAGGGCUGAUGGUAAGCCAUUUGUUGACAUUCUCAAGGAAGGGGGAGUUCUUCCAGGAAUCAAAGUUGACAAGGGCAUUGUUGAGCUUGCCGGAACUAAUGGUGAAACCUCAACUCUUGGUCUUGAUGGCCUAGCUGAGCGCUGCCAGAAGUAUUAUGAAGCUGGGGCUCGAUUUGCUAAAUGGCGAGCUGUGCUUAAAAUUGGUCCAACUGAACCAUCUCAACUUGCUAUUAAUGAGAAUGCCAAUGGCUUGGCACGUUAUGCUAUUAUCUGCCAGGAGAAUGGCUUAGUACCUAUUGUUGAGCCUGAGAUUUUGGUGGAUGGAUCCCAUGAUAUCAAUCGCUGUGCAGAUGUGACUGAGCGUGUUCUCGCAGCUUGCUAUAAAGCAUUAAAUGAUCACCAUGUUCUUUUGGAGGGAACUCUUUUGAAGCCAAACAUGGUGACCCCUGGCUCAGAUAGCCCAAAAGUUAAACCUGAGGUGGUGGCUGAGUAUACUGUUAGGGCUUUGCAGCGAACAGUUCCUCCUGCUGUUCCUGCUAUUGUAUUCCUUUCUGGUGGACAAAGUGAGGAGGAAGCCACUAUCAAUUUGAAUGCAAUGAACAAACUCAAGGGCAAAAAACCCUGGUCCCUUACAUUCUCUUUUGGCCGUGCACUUCAGCAGAGCACCCUCAAAGCAUGGGCAGGGAAGGAGGAAAAUGUAAAGAAGGCACAGGCUGCUUUCCAUGUCAGAUGCAAAGCUAAUUCUGAAGCUACUUUAGGUUCUUAUAAGGGUGAUGCUACUCUGGGAGAGGGUGCUGCGGAGAGUCUUCAUGUGAAGGAUUACAAGUACUAAUCCUUGAGGGAGGGCGUUUUGGAGGUUCUUCUGUGAAGGACAAGGCAUAAGCACUAAAUCCUUAGUUUCUUUUAUUUUCUUUUGCCAUUAGGAUGGUCCCCUUGCAAUCAUGUGGAGAUAUUCCAUCAUUGUUUUUCAGCCUCUAGUUGUGGCUGAUGUUGGCUAUAUAUAUAUAUUUUAAUCAUCUCUCAAUUUAUGGUCUUGGAUCUUUUUCUAGGUAUAGAUUUGCUUAUACUAUUGAAGAAUUGUGGUCCUCUAUUUCUUUUAAUUUUGAAUUUGUUCUUAUGGUAUAUUCACUUGUUA